GUCAGUUAGAAGAGACGCAGCGACAGACAGACGAGACAAAAUGGCUUCCAUGUCAGAGGAUGAUUUCUGCUGUUCGGUCUGUCAUGAAGUCUUUAGAGAUCCUGUUCUUCUGUCAUGUAGCCACAGCUUCUGUAAAGACUGUCUGAAGAGCUGGUGGAGAGAGAAAACAACACAGGAGUGUCCAGUUUGUAAGAGAAGAUCUUCAAGGCCAGAACCACCUCGUAACCUGGAGUUAAAGAAGCUGUGUGAGAGUUUCUUACAGCAGAGAGAUCAGAGAGCUUCAGAGGCUCUCUGCAGUCUGCACUCUGAGAAACUCAAACUCUUCUGUCUGGACCAUCAGCAGCCAUUGUGUCUUGUCUGUCUUCAUUCAGAAAAACACACCAACCACAGAAUCAGACCCAUCGAUGAAGCUGCACAACAACACAAGAAGGAACUCCAGGAAACUCUGGAGCCAUUAAAGGAGAAGAUAAAGGUUUUUGAACAAGUUAAAGUUAAGAUUGAUCAAACAGCAGAACACCUGAAGGUCCAGGUCCGACGCACAGAGACGCAGAUUAAGGAUCAGUUUAAGAAGCUUCAUCAGUUUCUAGAAGAGGAAGAGGAGGCCAGGAUGGCUGCACUGAGGGAGGAAGAGGAGCAGAAGAGUCAGAGGAUGAAGGAGAAGAUGGAGGCUCUGAGCAGAGAGAUAGCAGCUCUUUCAGACACAGUCAGAGCCACAGAUGAGCAGCUGAGAGCUGAAGACGUCUCAUUCCUGAUCAACUACAAGGCUGCAGUGGAAAGAGUCCAGCAGUUCCCCCUGCUGGAUGAUCCACAGCUGCUCUCAGGAGCUCUAAUAGACGAGGCCAAACACCUGGGCAACCUGAGCUUCAACAUCUGGAACAAGAUGAAGGACUUGGUCUCCUACACUCCUCUGAUUCUGGACCCAAACACUGCUAAUCCAAACCUCAUCUUGUCUGAAGAUCUGACCAGUGUGAGACUUGGAGGAGACAGACAGAAGCUUCCUGAUAAUCCAGAGAGGUUUGAUUAUUACUGGUCUGUCCUGGGCUCUGAGGGCUUUAACUCAGGGACUCACAACUGGGAUGUUGAGGUUGUAGACAACAAAUCCUGGAUACUGGGUGUGUCAGCAGAGUCUGACCAGAGGAAGGGAGUCAUACCUUCUGGAUUAUGGAUAAUAUGGUUCUCUAAAGCUAAAUACUUAGAGUGGUCUCCACCAGCUCCACCCACUUAUCUCCCAUUUAAGAAGCAGCUCCAGCGGAUCAGAGUGACUCUGGACUGGAACAGAGGAAAGCUGUCGUUCUCUGAUCCUGAUACUAACACACACAUACACACCUUCACACACACUUUCACUGAGAGGCUGCUUCCAUACAUUUACACAGGAGAAGAAGUCCCACUGAAGAUAUCACCACUGAAGGUCUGUGUGACAAAACAACAGGUCUGAUAGUCUUUAGUUUGAAGGGGGUGAUAAUAAUAGUAAACAACCCUUAAUGUGUCCAUGUAUUUAUGUGGACAUAAACAAAAACAAAUUUCUGAAAUGAAUGAUAAAAUAAGUUCAAACUUUAUACAGCAGAUUAAAAUAAUACAAACACAAUAAUUCAUCCAUAAUUAAAUAACUCAUUAUUUUGAGAUACUUUUUGGUGUAAGAACAAAAGUUCAAAGUGAACAUUUUGCAGAUAUGGAGGACAUAGACAUCUGUGCGUCGUAUGAAUAACAUCUGCAGCUACAGUAGCAUGUUAACGAGUCACAAACUGCUACUCUGCUCUCUUUUCCCUGAAUCAAAACGUUCCCAGGAAUAAAUACCGAUGCUCUUUUAAACCCUGAAGCAUUUUUCCCUUCACUCUGGUGUAUCUCUGCGCCUCCUUCACUGAAGGACGGCGCUCAGAGACUAGGGGUGGAACGAUACACAGAAGUCAUGGUUCGGUUCAUACCUCGGUUCAGACAUCACGGUUCGGUUCAGAACAAUGGAUACAAUUUUUAGUGUGCAUGAUGUCUCAGGCUUUACCACCCAGUGUCAUACAGUUUCUCCCCUGAGCUAGUUGCAACAGCCUGAAGUGUAUAAAGUAAGAUGUAAACAGUUAGUACCCAACAUCAUCUCCAGACUCCAUCUGGAACUUGUAAACAAAAUAAGACAAUCAGCUAGUAGUGUGAUAUGGGAGACAAGUGCUGCUCUCAUAUGUGAAUGCACAGAGCAGGGAUGUUAAAAGAGCAGCUUCGGUUACACAGAGCAGUUGACUAGUUAAAAUAGACUUUAUUAAUCCCACACUGAGGAAAUUCCUUAGUGGGGAAAUUCCUUAGAGUUUUGGCGUAAGCUUAACAGCGGAGCUAACAGCAAACAGCGGAGCUAACAGUGGAGCUAACAGCUAAUGGCGGAGCUAACGGCAUAGCUAACAGCAUAGCUAACAGCGAAGCAAACGGGCCUGGAGGCCAUUUGUGGUUGAGGCAAGAAGGGAUACAGCUACGUCCGUGUUUUGUUUGGAAGGGGCUAGUUUGCCUCGUGUGGCCCAUGGUGUGGGCUCACUGGACCGACUUGACAUGUAGGCAUGGUUGAAUUGUAGGCUGAGCUCUGAGCUUCAGAGCUAAGGGAAGGCUACAGAUUAGGUGUCCCUAAAGAAACGCAUAUCUAACAGUAGUUCCGCAUUACAUCAAUUAAUUUGCAGGCAAGUUUUAUUUAUUUUUAAACCGUGUAUUCUCCGUGUAAAUUCAUCUACCGAACCGAGACGCCCGUACCGUUUCGGUUCAAUACGAAUACAUGUACCGUUCCACCCCUAUCAGGGACUCAGAUCAAACCUAAUGUCACACAGAGAAGAGACUUUAAAACACAGAAAACCUGCAGGACAUGUUUAUACAGCACAUGAGAAGGGUCAGAGAUCACAGCCAGCUCAGAACGGCGAUUUAAGUCUCGAAGAAACUCCAACAGGAACUGGAUUUUACUUAGAGACACUUAUUGUAAAUAUUAGGCUUAAAAAAACAAUUACAGAGAGAUUAAAACUGCCAAAUAUCUUUCCUUUUAUCAUACUUUUCUAUCACCAUCAGGGAAUAAACAAACUGCUGUUAUUUGGCCUUCAAAAUAAGAGACUUUCAACUACUUUAAACCUUGGUGUAGGGCUGGUAGCGAUAUAGUUUCAGUUAAGUUUUAUUUUUUCUUGAAGGUUUAAAUUUUUUAUUGAGUUUCAGUUUACUAAAAAUAUUUUUCACUUAUUUUUGGAUUAGUUUACUCUGAUAGUCACACAACUAUUUUAAUAAUCGAUUGACAAUUUCACUUUUAAAGUAAUAAUGCUGUGAUGAUUUCCUGCUUUUCUCUGUUUUAUAUUAUUAUAAACUGAAUAUUUUGGGUGUUUUAGACUGUUGGUCAAACAAAACAAGACAGUUAAAGAUGUCAUUGUGGGCUCUGUGACAUGUGAUGUACACUUCUUGACAUUUUCUAUAUUAAACAGUUAAUUGAUUUUCUCUCUUGCUA